CUUCCACCUCACUCUCUCUCUCUCUCCCUCACCAAAUCCUCAACCUCCAAAUCUAACUUUGCUCUGUAAUUAUAUGCUUGACUUCUGUGGACUCUCUUCAAUUCGCUAGUGAUUAAUCUUCGCCGUAAUAUUCGUUCGCUCGGAAAUGGAGUUGGAUCAAUCCCGGCCGCUUAAUCCCGCCAUGACCUUCGACGAGGUCUCCAUGGAGCGCAGCAAGAGCUUCGUCAAGGCCUUACAGGAGCUCAAGAACUUGAGGCCUCAGCUUUACUCUGCUGCGGAGUAUUGUGAAAAGUCGUAUCUACAUAGCGAGCAGAAACAAAUGGUACUGGAUAACCUGAAAGAUUAUGCUGUACGAGCCCUUGUUAAUGCUGUUGAUCACCUUGGCACUGUCGCCUACAAGUUAACUGACCUUGUUGACCAACAAACCUUAGAUGUCUCAACCAUGGACCUGAAAGUAACUUGCCUUAACCAGAAACUUCUUACAUGCAAAACAUUCAUGGAUAAAGAAGGUUCAAGGCAGCAGCAGCUGUUGUCAUUCAUCCCAAGGCAUCACAAGCACUACAUUUUACCCAAUUCUGUUAAUAAGAAGGUACAUUUCAGUCCACACGUACAGACUGAUACUAGGCAACAUGCUUAUCAAGCACGACCACAUGUUCAACCGUCAAGCGCUGCUGCGUCAAAAACUCUUUCCUGGCAUUUAGCUUCAGAAACAAAGUCGACCUUGAAGGGGGCUUCGCAGGCUCUGGCUAGCACUGCGGACACAAAAAUAUCUGUAAAUACAUCUGGUGUUUUCCAGCUUUUAGAUAAUGAGGGGACUGCCACUACAAAAUCCUCAGGAGCUCAUCAGCAAUUAUCUGGUCGAGUUCCUGGUUCUGAACCAUUCGUUGCUGGACAUAGGGAUGCGGUGGAUGGAUACAGGCCAUUGGGGGCGGCCAGGUCAUUUGACAACCAAAAUCGUCAGAUUGUGCGAGUUCCUGUUCGGAGUAAAAGUCUGCUAUCGGCGUUCUUUGUGAAACAGAAAAACACAAAACUGAAGGCUGGGUCCGUCGCCUGAGACCUUAUUAAAACAAGUUAGAGACCCGACUUUCUGAUCAUUCCACACUUUGCGAGUCAAAAUGUCUGUAAAUCCCUCCAUGUGUUUUUGUUUCGAGCUUCUUAGUUGGCCAUUAGUUAUUCAAUUUCUUGGAAUCAUUUUUUUUCCCACUCAAUGCCGCCUUAUAUAGGCUGCUGCUAUAACGAACAGAAUUAUGCACAGAUGUCAAGUAGUGAAGUAGUUG